CUCUCGCAUAAAAUUUAAUUUAAUCAAAAUUUCUAUAGGUCUAUAAUGAGAUGGUAUACACAAAUAAUCAACGUAAAACAUCAAAUUAAAGUAAAUUGAGGUAGCGGUAGAUAACCACCUCAUUUUAAGUUAACACAGGUUGAGGUUUCCUGUCAAAUUGCUUAGUCGCCAAAAAGGAAGCAGAAUUUGCUAUGCAAUACCACUGACCGACAAUUCUACGUAUUUCUGACGUUUACAUAUUUGAUUGAAAGCGUCCGGAUAAUUUCUCUAUUAUAGAAAUCAAAGUUAUUAGCCAGUUCUUUAUAGCAUGAAUUUACUUGAGGAUUUAUCUUUGUUGCUAAUAUUAUCAUUCCAUUGUCUUCUGGGAACAGCGACUGCAAAAUUACAAUUUGUCACUUGUGGUUCUGUGAUAAAACUUAUGCAAACAGAUUACAAAGUGCGAUUGCACUCUCAUGAUGUGAAAUAUGGUACCGGUAGUGGCCAGCAAUCAGUAACCGGAACAGAAAUUCAGGAAGACGUAAAUAGCCAUUGGUUAAUUAAGGCUCCUACAGGCAAAGUGUGUUUGCGUGGGGAUCUGGUUAAAUGUGGUUCCAUAAUUAGACUUGAGCAUUUAGAAACUAAGAAAAACCUUCACUCCCAUUUGUUCUCAAGUCCCUUAAGCGGCAACCAAGAAAUUAGUUGUUAUGGCGAUGAUAAGGGGGAUGGAGAUUCUGGAGAUCAUUGGACAGUAAUAUGUUCAGGUGACAGUUGGAGACGAGAUGACAGUGUAAUGUUGAAGCAUGUUGACACUGAUGUAUAUUUGGGUGUGUCUGGGAGUUCAUUUGGGAGACCUAUUGAAGGCCAAAUGGAAGUUGUAGGAGUACGGUCUUCAAGUAAUUCUGUUCACUGGCAAGCAGUGGAAGGUGUUUAUAUCCACGCACCAGAUACAAAGCAUAUGCAUGCUGUUCACACUGAACUCUAGUAUUUUUCCAGUAUACUUUAGUAAUUUAUUUUGUAAACUGUUUGAAGGCUGUAAUAAAAUAGAUGACACUUGA